UUUUUUCUCUUUCUUUAUAUAUAUAUAUAGAUACCAUGUCAAAUACGGCUGACCAUGACCAAGAUACGCAUGCCUUUUUUGAAGAGGUAGAGAGAGAGAGAAAAUUCGAUUAUGAGACAUGCAGUGCUUCGCAAGCAUUCGAUGCUGUAUUUCAGUGUUACACACUCGGAUCUCAGGCCAUUCAUUACUAUCGCUAUGGAGCCAAAAAAGACUGUUCAGGCAAAUGGGAUGACUUCAAGUUUUGUUUAAAGACAAAGACAAAGCCUUCUGAUGUUGCUGAUGCCAUGAUUAGAGAACGAAAAGCAGCUAAAGAAGCGAUAAAGAAACAAGGACGAAGUUCAGAAGAAGUUUGGGAAGCUAGGCAAUAGAUUUUUUUUUUUUUUUGCAUGAUAAAACUCAGAGUAGGCGUGGCUUAAGUAACAAAUUCAAUAAACGCGUUUC